GAGGCGGAAGCAGCCGCAGGCAUGGCGGCGGCCUUGCCGCUGGUCCUGUUUGUCCUGCUGCUCCUGGGAACGGUGGGCAGGAGCCAUGCGGAGCCCCCACGCGACAGCCUGCGGGAGGAGCUCGUUAUCACCCCGCUGCCUUCUGGGGACGUAGCCGCCACGUUCCAGUUCCGCACGCGCUGGGAUUCGGAGCUGCAGCGGGAAGAAGUGUCUCAUUAUAGGUUAUUUCCCAAGGCCCUGGGGCAGCUGAUCUCCAAAUAUUCUCUACGAGAGCUGCACUUGUCAUUCACGCAAGGCUUUUGGAGGACUCGAUACUGGGGGCCACCUUUCCUGCAAGCGCCAUCAGGUGCAGAGCUCUGGGUCUGGUUCCAAGACACUGUCACUGACGUGGAUACAUCCUGGAAGGAGCUCAGUAACGUGCUCUCAGGCAUCUUCUGCGCCUCCCUGAACUUCAUUGACUCCACCAACACGGUCACGCCCACUGCCUCCUUCAAACCCCUGGGGCUGGCCAAUGGCACCGAUCAUGAUUUCCUGCGCUACUCUGUGCUGCCGCGAGAGGUUGUCUGCACUGAGAACCUCACCCCAUGGAAGAAGCUCUUGCCCUGCAGCUCCAAGGCAGGCCUGUCCGUGCUGCUCAAGGCCGAUCGCUUGUUCCACACUAGCUACCACUCCCAGGCAGUGCAUAUCCGUCCUGUUUGCGGGAAUGCACGCUGCACCAGCAUCUCCUGGGAGCUGAGGCAGACCCUCUCUGUUGUGUUUGAUGCCUUCAUCACAGGACAGGGGAAGAAAGACUGGUCCCUCUUUCGGAUGUUCUCCCGAACCCUGACGGAGCCCUGCCCCCUGGCUUCAGAGAGCCGAGUCUACGUGGACAUCACCGGCUACAACCAGGAUAAUGAGACAUUGGAGGUGAACCCGCCCCCACCCACCACCUACCAGGACGUCGUCUUAGGUGCCCGGAAGACCUAUGCCGUCUAUGACUUGCUGGACACGGCUGUGAUCAACAACUCCCGUAACCUCAACCUCCAGCUCAAGUGGAAGAGCCCCCCAGAGAGCGAGGCCCCUCCAGUGCCCUUCCUGCACGCGCAGCGCUACGUGAGCGGCUACGGGCUGCAGAACGGGGAGCUGAACACGCUCCUGUACAACACGCACCCGUACCGGGCCUUCCCCGUGCUGCUGCUGGACACCGUGCCCUGGUACCUGCGGCUGUACAUGCACACCCUCACCAUCACCUCCAAGGGCAAGGACAACAAACCAAGUUACGUCCACUACCAGCCCGCGCAGGACCGGCUGCAGCCACACCUCCUGGAGAUGCUGAUUCAGCUGCCGGCCAACUCGGCCACCAAAGUCUCCAUUCAGUUUGAGCGGGCGCUGCUCAAGUGGACAGAGUAUACCCCGGACCCCAACCACGGCUUCUACGUCAGCCCAUCUGUCAUCAGUGCCCUCGUGCCCAGCACGGUGGCAGCCAAGCCCGUGGACUGGGAAGAGAGCCCCCUGUUCAAGUCCCUGUACCCGGUGUCCGAUAGCUCUAGCUACUUUGUGCGCCUCUACACGGAGCCGCUGCUGGUGAGCCUGCCCACGCCGGACUUCAGCAUGCCCUACAACGUCAUCUGCCUCACGUGCACCGUGGUGGCUGUGUGCUACGGCUCCUUCUACAACCUCCUCACCCGAACCUUCCACAUCGAGGAGCCCAGCACGGGCGGCCUGGCCAAGCGGCUGGCUAACCUUAUCCGGCGUGCCCGGGGCGUGCCGCCGCUCUGAGAUUUGCCCUCCUCACGGUGGGGCUGCUGCUAAUCGCCGGGGAGCCGCGAGUUCUCUCCAGAGUUGGCUCGGGAUGAGGCCAGGCCCUGGAGUGCCCUCUCCAGUUCAGUAGCCGUGAGCCAGAUGCAACAUUUGAAUUUAAAUUAAUUUAAAUGAAAAACUCAUUCUCUCCGCUGUACCGGCCACGUUUCCGGUGCUCAGUAGCCAGAAGUGGUUAGUGGCUCCUGUAUUGGAGAGUGUGGACAAACAUUUCAGCCACUGCAGAAAGUUCUGGGACAGUACUGACCUAGAUAACGGGGCAUGCUGAGGAACUCCUUUCGCUGUGUGGUAGCUGGAAUUAACUGGUUGUGGAAUAAAAAGUGGCUUUCCUAGUU